CUCUUGCCCUCGUCCGCCGCCCUUCGCCUGGGAGGCUCCUUAUCCCCCGCCCGAAGGGAGGCUGAGCAUGCAAGGCGAGCCUUGGGGGCUGCGGAGGUGCUUCUUUCCGACACCGGGGAGGGAACGGGCAAACUACAACUGGCAGAACUGGACAUUAGGAAAAGCUUCUUGACGAAACAAGAGAAAAUAAGACAAAGAAAAUGGAUUCCAACAAAUCUGCACCUGAACCACCACCUCCAGCAUAUUCAGGACCAGCGCCACCAUAUCCAGCUCCCCCUAACCAACAGGGAUUUCCACCGGCAUCAUCGUAUCCAACUCCCCCAAACCAACCAGGAUUUCCACUGUAUUCAUCUAAUGUAACUUCAUAUAUAUCAGGAUCUGCUAUUCCAGCACAAAGCAUUACAACUUUCCAAGGCGCCCCAGUAGCAUAUGGAGCCAUUCCAUAUCAAAAUCAGCCUACUGCUGCUCCAGCUAUAACUUGGAUGCCAGCUCCACCUAUACCUCCCAAAUGCCCUCCUGGCUUGGAAUAUUUAACUCAGAUUGAUCGGAUAUCAGUUCAACAGCAGAUUGAGCUUUUGGAAAUAAUAAGUCGCCUUGAAACCUGCAACCGAUAUGAAGUCAAAAACUCUAUGGGGCAGUGGAUGUACUUGGCAGUUGAAGAAAAUGAUGACUACACUCUGAACUGCCAUGGGUCAUUGCGGUCAUUCGUCAUAAAGUUCCUUGAUGGUUCAAACCAACCAGUAAUGCAGUUGUCAAGAGACUGCAAGUGUUCCAUUUGCUGCUUCCCUUGUAUUUGCUGCUUGCAGGAGCUGGAAGUUCAAGCCCCUCUCGGCACAGUCAUUGGAUACAUUAAGCAGAAUUGGCAUCCAUGUCUGCCUAGAUUUGCUCUCCAAAAUGAGGCCAGGGAAAAUGUACUUAAAAUGGCAGGUCCUUGUGCUCCAUGCAGCUUUUUCAAAGAUAUUGAUUUUGAGGUGAAUACACAAGAUGAGAAACCAAUUGGAAGGAUUACUAAGCAGUGGACUGGCUACGCAAGGGAGAUGGCUACAUCAGCCAGCAACUUUGAAAUCGAGUUCCCAUUGGAUCUUGAUGUUAAAAUGAAAGCCCUAAUACUUGGAGCAUCAAUCCUUGUGGAUUACAUGUAUUUUGAACGAAAAUCAGCAAGGUCAGACCGGAAUUAGAAUAGCUGACUUUCAUCUAGCUGGAUUCAGAAAAAUUCUCCUGUUCGUUCUGUUCUUCUUUGGAUGACAGGGAAUGUCAAGCCUUCUGAAAAUAGAUCUUCAUGAAAAGAACUGAUUUUGACAGACUGCUACAGCUUUCGUGGUGAAGGUGGUGUUGUAAUUCAGUAAUGCUGUGCACAAGCAACAGUGGCUCAUAUCAAUGGUGGGGAAAUUAUUACACAGGAUUUAAGAAGUUUCUGGAAUGUCUUGGAUCCUUCGUUCUUUAAACUAUAGCUGCGGAAACCCUUGCUCUUUUAAUUGGGGUUUAAAGUUUACUCUGCUAAUAGUUGGUAGUGUGGGAUUUGUGCCAAUUGCCUUAGAAUAAGCUCUGUAUUGAAAUGUAAUCUGAUAUUUAUCAUUCUCUUCCUCUGUCAGGCAAACUGAAUGCUCAAGAAUGUACAAGCUUUUGGGAUCCUCUGAUCCUUUCACUAUGCAAGAUCCUUUCACUGUACAACAGGCAUGGCAGACUUGAACCCUCCAGGUGUUUUGGACUUAAGUUCCCACAAUUCCUAACAGCCGGUACAAAUUGGAGGGCCCAAGUUUGCCCAUGUCUGCUAUACAAGAUAGAGUCACAGUUUAUAAAUAAGUGCCAUAUAUAAAAUGGUAAACUACUGAGGCUUUAGGUCUGCCCACAUGGCAGAGUCACUCAGGUGUAGGUCUCAGACACACUGUGGAGUAGUAGACUCAGGAGGGAGGAUAAAGAAGCUGUGUAUUGUGUAUAUUAUGUUCCACCCUGGACAUCCCCCCCCCCCACACACACACACAUAUCUGGGGGCUGAUUAUUUUCUUUGUUGUGUAUUUUGUCAUUGAAUGCUUGCCACUUCUUUGGUGGAAACUACUCUGAGUCCCUUUGGGAAGAUAGAACAGUAUAUAAAUAAAGUUUUAUUAUUAUUAUUGUUACACCCUGCUUGCCCCACAGACCUCUGAACAAACCUCUGAGGAUGCCUGCCAUAGAUGCAGGCAAAAUGUCAGGAGCAAAUGCUACUGGAACAUGGCCAUACAGCUCAAAAAACUCACAGCAACCCAGUGAUUCCAGCCAUUAAAGCCUUCGACAACACAAUAAGCCACUAGCUUAGGUUGGGAAUUACGUGACUUCCUAGACAUUGGGGAAUUGCAGCUCUCACUGUUUCAGUAAGCAAGCUGCUGAAGCACUCCAAAUAUCUUUAGACCAUUAUUUCCCCAGUGUUCAGGAGCACUGCUUCUUAAAUUCUGGGUCCCAACCCCUAAUGUGGGUUUGGUCACACAAAAAUUGGCAACAGUAAAAGCUUUC